UCAUUAAUCUGAACCCAGCUCGUCUUCUCCACAACAACGAGCAAACACACUGCGAGGAGAGGCCAUCGUAGUAGCAGCAGCAGCACGGAGACAUCAUCUUUCUUCCACCACCACACAACUGCAAUCUCGCAAGUAGAGAGAGAUCCAGCUAUGGAGAUCGCUAUGGGGGCUAUCGGCCCUCUCCUCCCCAAGCUCCGCGAGCUGCUUCAUAGCGAGCUCACCAUGGAGAAACAAGUAAGGAAAGGUAUCGAGUCUCUCGUAACAGAGCUGAAAUUAAUGCAUGCUGUCCUUAGCAAGGUGUCAAAAGUGCCGGCGGACCAGCUUGACGAGGGGGUCAAGAUCUGGGCAGGAAAUGUCAAGGAGUUGUCCUACCAAAUGGAGGACAUCGUUGAUGCUUUCAUGGUGCGUGUGGGGGAUGGCGGCGAGUCCACCAACCCGAAGAACAGAGUCAAGAAGAUACUCAAGAAGGUCAAAAGAUUAUUCAAGAACGGCAAGGAUCUUCAUCGGAUCUCUGAUGCUCUGGAAGAAGUGGUUCUUCAAGCGAAGCAGUUGGCCGAGCUGCGUCAGAGGUACGAGCAAGAGAUGCGGGACACUAGUGCUAAUACUAGUGUUGACCCUCGCAUGAUGGCCUUGUACACAGAUGUUACAGAGCUCGUCGGUAUUGAAGAAACACGAGACAAGUUGAUCAAUAUGUUGACUGAAGGUGAUGAUUGGUCGAAGCAUCCGUUGAAGACGAUAUCUAUUGUUGGAUUUGGUGGGUUAGGCAAGACGACUCUUGCCAAAGCAGCAUACGACAAGAUCAAAGUGCAAUUUGAUUGUGGUGCUUUUGUCUCGGUUUCGCAAAACCCUGAAAUGAAAAAGGUUUUGAAGGAUAUUCUCUAUGGACUUGACAAGGUCAAGUACGAAAACAUACAUAAUGCAGCGAGGGACGAAAAGUAUCUCAUAGACGAUAUAAUUGAAUUCCUUAAUGACAAGAGGUACCUCAUCGUAAUCGAUGAUAUAUGGAAUGAAAAAGCAUGGGAGUUAAUUAAGUGUGCUUUCUCCAAGAAGAGCACCGGAAGCCGACUAAUCACGACAACCCGAAAUGCUAGUGUCUCUGAAGCAUGUUGCUCUUCUGAGGAUGAUAUUUACAGAAUGGAACCCCUUUCCAAUGAUGUAUCAAGAACACUCUUCUGUAAAAGAAUAUUUUCACAAGAAGAAGGCUGCCCUCAAGAAUUAUUGAAAGUAUCCGAAGAAAUUUUGAAGAAAUGUGGCGGUGUACCGUUAGCUAUUAUUACUAUAGCAAGUCUUCUAGCUAAUAAGGGUCAUAUAAAAGCAAAGGAUGAAUGGUAUGCUUUGCUUAGUUCCAUUGGUCAUGGACUCACAAAAGAUCGCAGUUUGGAGCAGAUGAAAAAGAUAUUAUUAUUCAGCUACUAUGAUCUACCUUCUUAUUUGAAACCAUGCUUAUUAUAUCUAAGCAUCUUCCCAGAAGACCACGAGAUUAGGAGAGAUAGACUGAUAUGGAGGUGGAUAUCAGAAGGCUUUGUUUAUAGUGAAAAUCAAGAUAUUAGAUUAUAUGAGCUCGGUGACAGCUACUUCAAUGAGCUAGUAAAUAGAAGUAUGAUCCAACCCAUAGGCAUUGAUAAUGAAAAAAAGGUAAAGGCUUGCCGUGUACAUGACAUGGUGCUUGACCUUAUAUGCUCAUUGGCAAGUGAAGAAAACUUUGGAACGAUACUGGAUGGCAUCGGAAGAAAAAUGCCUAACUCAGAGAUCAAGGUUCGCAGAUUGUCCAUCCAAAAUAGCAAGAUAGAUGUGGAAACCACUAGGAUGGAGCAUAUCAGAUCUGUUACCAUUUUCACAAGUGAUGUUGUUGGGAAAGUGUUGGAUAUUUCAAGUUUCCAAGUUCUGCACGUGUUGGAUUUAGAAGGCUGUAAAAAUGUCUCAGAUGUUGGGUAUGUGGGGAAUCUGUUGCAUUUGAGGUACUUGGGGCUAAAAGGUACUCAUGUUAAGGACCUUCCCAAGGAAAUAGGGAAGCUGAAGUUUUUGCUUACCUUGGACUUAAGAGGUUCUAAGAUAGAAGUACUGCCAUCGAGUGUUGUUCAACUAAGACGUCUAAUGUGCCUGUAUGUUGGUUGUAAUAUGAAGUUGCCAUCUGGAAUAGGCAACCUGACUUCCCUAGAAGUGCUAGAUAACUUGGGGUUAUAUGAUGUAGACCUUGAUUUUGUGAAAGAAUUGGGCCAUCUGACCAAGCUCAGGGUGCUCCGGCUUGACUGCAAUGGUUUUGAUGAGAGCCUGAGUAAAGCUUUGGAGGAAUCCAUUAGUAAUAUAUACAAACUGGAGAGUCUAGAUGUAUAUGUCUUUCAUGGACUCAUCAAUUGGCCGAGCGAAGAUUGGGUGCCUCCUCCACAACUCCGUAGAUUGGCUUUCCCGUCAACUCAAAGUUGGUUCAAGACAUUGCCGUUAUGGAUUAAUCCUUCAUCGCUUCCUCUCCUCUCCUAUCUGGAGAUAACGUUGUUUGAAGUGCGAUCGGAGGUCAUCCAGCUUCUUGGGACUCUGCCUGCUCUUGUUUAUCUUCAGAUAUGGAAUUAUUCUUUGUACAGAAAAGGGCAUGAGGUGGAAGCGCCGGUCCUUUCCUCUGGUGCUGCGUUAUUCCCAUGUGCGACGGAGUGCCGCUUCUAUAGUAUUUGUGCCAUGCCAUCAAUGUUUCCACGAGGAGCAGCGCCAAGGCUUAAACGCCUUGUGUUCUCCUUCGCAGCCAAGUGGAUCUCCCGUGAAAACUUGGAUUUGGGCAUGCGGCACCUCCCUUCCCUCCAGCGAGUCAGGGUUGACUUUAUCGAGGAGGGAGCUAGCCGUCAGGAGGUGGCUGAAGCGGAGGAUGCGCUAAGGGCCGCAGCGGAGGACCACCCCAACCGUCCCGUCCUUGAGAUUGGGCUAUGGUGACGCAUGCAAAGGGCCGCAGUGGAGGCGGACGAAGCGAGGCAUGCGAUUGAGGUUCGCUAGAUACUCCUCCACGGUUUUGUCCCUAGUUUCCACACCAAGUGUUUUAUUCCUCUCCUCUUCCGUUUUUCAGUUUCAGGCAGCCCGAGUGCUUAGGUCGAUUCAUCGAAUCUUGCACCCAGGUAGCAUGAGUUAAUAAAUUUCGCCGACAUGGACUCGAUCGUGCGUUCCUCUUUCCAACCAAUACAGUCAAGCACACUGCGUUUGCCUUGCCGUUUGAUCUGUCUUUGUUCCGCAACGAGAUGAUGCUCUCGUUCUGUCCACCACCCAUGCCUGAAGUCUCUUCUUGCUUCCGUCAGUUCAACAACAGUCAAGUUUGUAGGGCGCCCCCUACAUUUUGCCCUGAUGAACCAUUAAUUUUCAUGUACUGAAGAUGUCUGGUUUGGAUGCUCCCCAGCAUUGUUCAUUACACUCCUUUAUUUGUAACAACUUUAUUUCAGACUCGAUGUUUAUUCCAGACUCGUAAACUGUAAAGCCAGAGUUCAGUUUGUACUAUGGUCUGAAGUUUAUCUUCCAUUUGUCA